AUGUUGCAAAUCACAUCCAGCACCUCACCAGCCAAGGCCCGCCUCAUCGCGAAGCACGACGACGACGUUGUUAUCGUGUCAGCUGUCCGAACAGCCAUCACGAAGGGCAGAAAGGGUGGCUUCAAGGACACUCGUCCCGAGGAGCUUCUCGGGGGUGUUUUACGCUCGGUCCUCACAAAAGUCAACAUCGACCCGAAACUCAUUGAGGAUGUCGCUGUUGGCGCUGUUCUCCCACCCGGCGGAGGCGCUGGUCCCGCUCGCAUGGCCGCUCUCUACGCCGGAAUCCCCAACACCGCCGCCGUCAAUGCAGUUAACCGUCAAUGCUCAUCAGGUCUUACUGCCAUCAACCAAAUUGCCAACGAAAUCAAGACCGGUCAGAUCGACAUUGGUAUCGGUGCAGGUGUGGAAAGCAUGACCUUCGGUUUCGGCGCCGCCUCGCAACCUACCGGAUACUCGGACCUCAUUCUCUCCAACCAGGAGGCUGAGGACUGCUUGAUCCCUAUGGGUAUCACAUCGGAGAAUGUUGCUAAGGAUUACGGUAUCGGACGUCUUGAGCAGGAUAGAUUCGCCGCUGAGUCCUUCCGCCGCGCCGCUGACGCCCAGAAGGCCGGCAAGUUCAAGGAUGAGAUCACCCCCCUCAAGGUGAAGGUUAUCGACCCGAAGACUGAGGAGGAGAGAGAGAUCGUCGUUGAGGCUGAUGAUGGCAUUCGGGACGGUGUCACCGUCGAGAGCUUGGGAAAGCUAAAGCCCGCAUUCACCAAGGACGGAACUACACAUGCUGGUAACGCAUCUCAGGUCUCUGACGGUGCCGCUGCCGUCCUCCUCGCUCGCCGCUCCGUCGCCAAGCGCCUCGGUCUCCCCAUCCUCGGCAAGUUCAACAACGCCUCCGUCGUUGGUGUUCCCCCACGAGUUAUGGGUGUAGGCCCAGCUUUCGCCAUCCCCAUUGCUCUCAAGAAGGCCGGGAUCACCAUUGAGGAUGUCGACUUCUUCGAGAUCAACGAAGCGUUUGCUAGCCAGGCCGUCUUUUCCGUCAAGCACCUCGGUAUCCCCUUCGAGAAGGUCAACGUCCACGGUGGUGCCAUCGCUAUUGGCCAUCCUCUCGGUUGCACCGGUGCCAGGCAAGUCGCCACUGGUCUCAACAUCAGCAAGCAAUACGGCGCUAAGGUCUUCGUCACGAGUAUGUGUAUUGGAUCAGGCAUGGGCAUGGCAGCUGUGUUUGUUAGCGAGCAGUAA